AAACCUUUUAUCAACAAAUAGCAUUGUACGACUUGUACCCGUAAUAUUUUGAUAAACAGAAUAGUGAUCAAAUGCACACAAAGUAAACACCAAAUUCAAAUUGAUGGUUGAAAAUGGAAAAAAUCAAUCUUAAUCUUUCAAAUCGCCCAAAGCUUAGCAUCUUGGAUAAGCCAUUAAGCCGUGGAAAAGGAGAAGUUUCACUCAGCUGCUACGCAUUACUUUUUUCGGAAGUGGUUCAGUAUUCACAAAGCCGUGUAAACACGAUACCCGAUUUACAGAACAAACUUCAUGAUUUGGGAAAAGAUGUCGGAUGCCGGAUAAUCGAUCUUUAUUUUUUGAGAGAACGCAAUUCAAAACGCGAAACAAAGCUGAUUAACAUGCUGUUGUUCAUUAAAACCACUCUUUGGAAGACCCUUUUUGGUAAAGAGGCAGAUAAGCUGGAACAUGCUACUGAUGACGAGUGCACGUACUACAUAAUCGAGAAGGAACCUUUGGUUAACAAAUUCAUUAGUGUACCAAAAGACAAAGGAUCACUCAAUUGCGCUGUGUUUGUGGCCGGUAUUAUACAGGCUGUGUUGACAAACUGUGGCUUUACAUGUCAAGUGUCAGCCCACUGGCAUAAAGGAACCACUUAUAUGGUAAAAUUCGAGGAUCACGUCAUCAGUCGAGAUAAACAAUUAGAAGAAAAAUAAAAUUUUAAAGCUAUCUUCAGUAUCAA